UUAUUUUGGAGUCUGUUCAGAGCCAGUGAUAAAAGACAAUGUGGUUGUGGUUUACGAGGUAUUGGAAGAGAUGCUUGACAACGGGUUUCCAUUGGCUACCGAGUCGAACAUCCUCAAAGAACUGAUAAAGCCGCCCACUAUCCUUCGAACCGUUGUCAACACCAUCACAGGAAGCACCAAUGUGGGUGACCAGCUUCCCACCGGGCAGCUGUCCGUGGUGCCUUGGCGACGGACUGGGGUGAAAUACACCAACAAUGAGGCCUAUUUUGAUGUGAUUGAAGAGAUUGAUGCCAUCAUUGAUAAAUCUGGGUCCACGAUCACUGCCGAGAUCCAGGGGGUCAUCGACGCCUGCGUCAAGCUGACCGGAAUGCCCGACCUUACGCUUUCCUUCAUGAACCCCAGGCUGCUGGAUGAUGUCAGCUUCCACCCCUGCGUCCGCUUCAAGCGCUGGGAGUCCGAGCGCAUCCUCUCCUUCAUCCCUCCCGACGGCAACUUCCGCCUGCUGUCGUACCACGUCAGCGCACAGAACCUGGUGGCGAUUCCGGUUUAUGUCAAACAUAACAUCAGCUUCCGUGACAGUAGUUCUCUUGGCCGCUUUGAAAUAACGGUGGGCCCUAAGCAGACCAUGGGGAAGACCAUCGAGGGGGUUACUGUCAGCAGCCAAAUGCCCAGAGGCGUCCUGAACAUGAGCCUCACGCCGUCUCAGGGGACGCACACGUUCGACCCAGUUACCAAGAUGCUGUCUUGGGAUGUAGGAAAAAUAAAUCCCCAAAAGCUCCCCAGUUUGAAGGGGACCAUGAGUCUUCAGGCUGGAGCUUCCAAACCCGAUGAGAACCCCACGAUUAACCUGCAGUUUAAGAUCCAGCAGCUGGCCAUUUCUGGACUCAAAGUGAAUCGUCUGGAUAUGUAUGGAGAGAAGUACAAACCCUUUAAGGGCAUAAAAUACAUGACCAAAGCUGGCAAGUUCCAAGUUCGAACCUGAAGGGAGAGCUCUGCAAAGGGAACAGUCACGAACACUUUUUCAUUGCUUACUUGUCUAAAAGUAAAAACUGUCAGCCCUCUCCUAGGUCACUGCCCACUCUGGACCACCUGCUCCUGUUUUCCCGUAGCUUCAGUGCCCCGGAGCUAACGAAGGGAGGCCGGGCCGCCAGGGAGGCCUGCACAGAACCCACACGCCAGCAGCACCAAGUCAGUUCUUAAAGCAGAGGCGUGCGAUGCGGGGGGAGGUACUUGAUGCCGUAUGUAACUACUUGUGACAUGGUUGCCGCAGGAAAAGACCAGCAUUUGUUACUCGCUUGGCUUUAAUUAUCUUAAGCCAAGGAAAGAUGUCUUUGGUUUUAUUUUUUUUAAUUAAUUAAUUUUAUUUUUAGUUAUUUUUGGCUGCCUUGGGUCUUUGUUGCUGCGCACGGGCUUUCUCUAGUUGCGGCGAGCGGGGGCUCUUCUUCAUUACAGCGCGCGGGCUUCUCACUGCAGUGGCUUCUCUUGUUGCGGUGCACGAGCUCUAGGCACACGCGGGCUUCAGUAGUUGUGGCACGCGGGCUUUGUAGUUGUGGCUCGCGGGCUCUAGAGCGCAGGCUCAGUCGUUGUGGCGCACGGGCUCAGUUGCUGUGCGGCAUGUGCGAUCUUCCAGGACCAGCACUUGAACCCGUGUCCCCUGCAUUGGCAGGCGGAUUCUUAACCACCGCGCCACCAGGGAAGUCCUGUUUUUGUAUUUCAAGCUGGGAAGAAAGAUUAGAAAGAGAGAGCAAGCUUGGAAGAGAAGGACUGUUAGCCAAGGAAGGGCCGGGGAAGGCUCUGUUCUCGGGGCACCGCACACUGAAGUGAGGAAGGCGGGAGGAGCUGUCCAGCUCCACCUGCAGGGCGGCUGGGAGGAACAGAGUUGAGUGAGUUUCUUUUUGACCCCUCCGCUUUCAUACAAACGUAAAAAUUUGUACUUCUGGAAAUGCACUGGAAACUUCUUAAAUUCGAGUGCACUGUUGACACGGAAACCCCGGUAGAAUCAGAUUUUCCCUUAAAGACUGCGAUGCUCUCCGACCGGUUUUCCAGUACUGACCGCUGCAUGCCUCCAGCACGUGGCCUGGCACCUUCAGCGAGGAUGAGCUGCCCUCUUCCAGGGGGUGUUGCCUGAAAUGCCUCUUUCCCUAACCCCCCAACAGCUCCACUCACUUCACUCUGCAGAAUUCCUGUUCCCCGAGGAGCGCUUCAGAGAAGCCAAUCCCAUCACCCCUAGGGCAGCAGGUUGUGUGUCGUAGUAUCGGAGUGUAGAUGGCUCCCUCGUGCCACCUCUGUGACCCAGUGGUUCCUUGUUCAUGUCCGUCAGCGCUGCCCUGGUGCUGCAGUCCGACCUUCCCGUCUGCAGCUUUCCCAGCGGUGACCCUGAGUGCAAAGGAUGCGGACCGCCGAGAGCACGGCCAGUCCUGGGAGCCGCCCAGUGAAGUUAUUUCCUCGGAGUCGCCACUAUAUAAUAUAUUUAUUAACAAUGUAUAUCGACCAGUCGGCUUUUGUUUUAAGACAAGAAAGUCUCCCGAAUCGUUGGAUAAAACUGAUGUUGUAGGAAGAUGGGCCGUGUUGAUCCUGUGUAGCCUGGUUUAAGAAACACGGGCAACUGAAGGCGGACCUCAUGUGUCCCCAGCAGGGAAUUUUUCCUCUAGUUUAAUAUGCCCAUUACCCAUUGAAAUAUUUAUAGGAAAGACAGGUUUUUAAAAAUUAUACCUUUAGGAGUGAUACUGCACCCUGCUUCGUGCAGGGAGAAAAAUGAAGACCUUGUACUCUCCAAACCCUACAAUUUUUCUCUAAAACCCUGUUUCCAAAUACUUCAGCAAUGUUUUUGUGCUAGUUUUCUCUUCCGACUUCCUGGACUUGUUUUUGCUGCAGAAUACUGUUGCUUUAUGGUUUUCCUCUGGGGUCAGUUGUGCUGUGGACAGGCAGCACGUGUCCCAUACUCCGUCACUCCGGAACUUGUCCUGGAUUCCCAGGUCCCAUGCACACCUGCCAUGGAAGGGAGACGCCUCUGCCUGUGGAUUCCAGAACACCGGAGCUGCUUCUCCGAGGGCUCUGGACGAUUUCAGGGUCUCCUCGGUCAUAGGAAACAACCAGUAUUGGUCCCUGAAUAUUCUUAGGUUUAUAAGUCCAGCUGUCCCUCCAGGGCAGCUUAUCCUAAUUUCGAGGGAAGAACUUAAGGAGAAGUAAAGCACCGGGGCUGUGGGACCCACAGGCCUUUGCAUGGGAGGCACCCCUGGGCUGCAGACCCCUGGCCACCCCCUCCAGCCGGUGGUGUGUUAGCAUAGGCGGGGCCGGGCGCCUCUGCCGAGCCUCUCCGUUCCAUACGUGUUUAACGUGCAGAAGCAUCUGCUGUGUUUAAUGUUAAUAAAGUUGAGUGUUAACAGUCCUUAAUGGCCUGAGGGUCUUGUUACUGGGACCAGCGGUGAUGCCGUGCACACACGCCCCAGUGGAAGCGGGAAAAAACAAACCAGUUCAUGGGGAUCUCACUGCUUCUGCACUUUCCAACCAGCAGACCUGAAGCCAUAUGUCAUCUCGAAGGU